UUUUAUCAGAUGUUGUUGGGCCAUGGAAAAAGGGAAAGGUUUUCCAAAAAGUCAAACAAGAUAUUUGUUUUUCUCUUGUGAAAAUGGAAAAUACUUUUAAAUAAUUGUCAAACAAAGUAAGCAUAUCAAUUCUUUUUGGAAGAGCUAAAAGAGGUUGAACAGAUUGAGACCACUACACGGUCUUAGCAUAAAAAACUUCUGCAAUCCAGUUUAAUUCAGAAAAAGUAUCAAUUUACAAAACCAAACAUGGAGCAAUUAUCGGGUGUUAUGAUAAUUAUUAUCAUAGGCGGUGGUGUUCUGACAUUUGUAAUGUUGUUCAUCUUCGCCAAAAGACAAAUAAUGCGUUUUACACUGAGAAGCCGUCGUGGUCCUCAUGUCCCAGUUGGUAACGAUGCUAAAAAGGCCCUCAGAAAGGAAAUUGAACGACGUUUGGAUUGCAUACAGAAGAUACAAGUCGAACCGAAGUUACUGUGGAAUGACGAUAAGUACAUACUGCAGAAGGAUAAACCUUUGCCACCAUAUUACUAUCGCAUGCAGGCGGUAGAUGAUAUCAAAAUAUUAGAACGAGAAAUCGCCAAAAGUGAUGGUGCCGUUCGUCAUGCCCACGAAAACUUAAGGGCUUUCUUACUUACGACUCUGUCUUCAUGUCUCAAUGGCACCGGACAAAGAAUGAUACACCAAUUUUGUGAUAUGUAUGAACAUGCCCGCCACGAUCCCAAUGAAUUCGGCAGUGAAGAGUAUGAAGCAUAUUACCGGCUUUUGCUGAAACUAAUAGAAGCGGCGAAACAAUUAAAAUCAUUUAAUAACUCACGGAAAAGUUCUCCUGCCCGUACACCCAAAAAAUCUACAAAAAUGCCUUCUCUGCUUGACCCAUCGCGCUUGAAGCCACCACCGGCCAACGCUGCACGUACAGUAAGUGGAGGACAGUUAUCAUCCGGUACCGGCGAAAUAACUAGUGGCCAUCAAUCCAAAGUCAAUCUGACACUUGGUCUGCAAGGACGUGAUAUGGAUGGUUGUGAAAUUGUUACCAACCCAUUGCAUUUGCAAACACCAGCCGAACGUGAUAUAAUUAUACGAAAUCGUAUUAAGACCCCAAAUUUAGAUGACAUUGUCAACGACGAUGCUGAGGAUGAAGACGAUGAAAUCAAUGAGGUGGGAGAUGAUGAAAUAAUGAGCAUUUCAUCCGUAAAAUUAAAUGCCAAUUCCAAUAAAAAUGUAUAAGUAAUACUCAUAUUUGAAAUAAGAACCAAAGUUUUUAGAGUGUAAGGAAAAUUAAAAAAAAAAUACAUUUCAAUAAAAUAUACAA